UGAGGAGAUAAUGUGAUUUUUUUCUUCGUAGGUUAUGAAAAUAAAGAAAAUAUUUCAUUGUUCUUUUUUUGAUUAAAAUGCAUAAACUGCUAAUAUUUGCUCUUGUGUUUCUCUUUCAUUUCGGUUUUUCUUCACAGAAUGAAGAAUGUCCCCUUCACUUGAACUGUAACAGCACAAUCGUGCCUGAACGCAAUGACAGCUAUGUCGAAAAUUAUUGUUUGAAAAAUGAGGGUAACAUGUCUGGAAGAUGCUGUAUUUUAAACAACAUCAUUGUUGGGCUCGAUUUGCGCGAAUGUCAAAUCAAGAGGUUGAGUAUAUCCAACACAGACUUUGAAAACUUAACUGUUUUUGAUUUGAGAGAGAAUGAGCUUGAUAAAAUUGUUUCUGAAGAUCUUUUGGGACUUACACUCCUGGAAGACCUGUAUCUACCGUCCCACAUACAUAGAUGUCCUGGCGGGAGGCAUGCCUGGGAAUCUGAGUCACAUGGCAAUAACAUGACACACUGCUUUCAUGAAGAAGACCCAUGUGUUUAUCUGAAUGUAUCUUGUACUGAUUUUGCCAAUUGCUUGCACACUGGACCAGGAACAGCAAGAUGUGUCUGCCACCCGGGUCGACAUGGAUACAAAUGCUUGAACCAGGGAGAGUUUCCUUCGACUGCCUUUGCCUUUUCGGUUGUCAUUCCUGCUGUUGUGCUGAGUGUUGUAGUGUGGUUUGUGCAAGGGAGAGACGUUUACAAGACCAACACUUUAUGAUUUCGUAAAAUGUAAAGGGGCAUUUUAUUUGUUUUGACUUCAUACUGAAUAGGUAUUGUGAAAGAUAUUGUUUGUUAUAAAAUGUUCCGAGUGAAUUCUUUGCUUCACUUUUAUUUAAUACUUUUUUUGUUCAGCAGCUUUUUUUUCUUUUCUUUUUUGUAAUGGAUGAUUUUUUACGUUUUUUUUUAAAUUUAUUUUAUUUUUUACAAUUUUUCUAGCUAUUAGAAUUGUGUACAUUAAUAUGAAAGGUUGAAAUUUUUUAUGAUUGGUGCAUAGUUUGGCUCUGAUCUCUUGCACUUGCAUGGGUGAAGGGAUUAAAUAAUUUCAUUUGUCAAAAUAGGGGUGAGGAUAUAUGGUUUGCUUCACAGAUAGCAUCCUGAGAUGGUUAUUGGCUUGUCUAUCUAUGCUAUUAAAACUUGUGUCUGUCUGUUUGAACGCUACCUCCUUCAGACUGCCAAUGUCUAUCAGGUCAAUACUGGUAUCAUUGGAUACAGGACAUCCAGGGAAAGCUUCUUCGACUUGUCUCACCCCUCUAAACCUUAAGGGGUCGGACAUCCAGUCCUGAGCAAGGGCAGAUAUAGACUUCCAUUUUAGGGGGGGGGUCCAUGCUGAAGUAUAUCAGGGUGGCGACAGAUCAGGGAAAUUAGGGAGAUCAGGGAAAAGUCAGGGAACUUUAUUAAUCAGGGAAAAGUCAGGGAAAUAUCAGGGAAUUUUCAAAAAAUAACAAAAAAAUCAGGAAAAAUUGAUUUUGUGAAGAAUUUUUUUUUUUUUUAAUUUUCUAUAAUCUUUCCAUGUAGAAAAAUUUAAUAUACUGUUUUGUAAAGGUUUUUUUCCUAAAAAAAUAACUUGAUAGUUUUUUUUAAAAACCAUUUUAUUAAAAAAGCAGCAACUUUUUAAAAUAUAUCUUUAUUUUAACAACUUUACACAACUUAAAACGUUUAAAAUACUGCAUUUUAUACAAACAUACAAUGGAUUUCAAGUAGAGCAAAGAAAGAAAACCAUUAUCAUUGGUAACGUAAAUCAGGGAAAUUUGGUGAACUUAAUCAGGGAAAUCAGGGAAAAGUCAGGGAACUUUUUUUCACCGUUCUUGUCGCCACCCUGUAUAUAGAGUUUUG